AUGUCCAUCCUCGCCUUGGUCGAAGACCGCCCAACUCCCCGCGAGGUUUACAACUGGCGCGUCUACCUCCUGGCCGCAGUCGCCUCCUUCACAUCAUGCAUGAUCGGCUACGACAGCGCCUUCAUCGGCACAACGCUGUCUCUGCAAUCCUUUCAAAAUGAAUUUAAUUGGGAAUCGCUCAAUACGGAUCUCAUCAGCGCGAAUAUCGUCUCGCUAUAUCAAGCAGGUGCCUUCUUCGGCGCUCUUUUCGCGUACCCCAUCGGCCACUUCUGGGGCCGCCGUUGGGGUCUUAUGUUCUCUGCUCUUAUUUUCUUCCUUGGUGCCGGCAUGAUGCUCGGUGCGAAUGGGGAUCGAGGGCUAGGGCUGAUCUAUGGUGGCCGAGUGCUUGCGGGCAUUGGCGUCGGCGCCGGGUCGAACAUCUGUCCUAUCUACAUCUCAGAAAUGGCACCUCCCGCUAUUCGGGGUCGCCUUGUUGGGGUUUAUGAGCUGGGUUGGCAGAUUGGUGGCGUCGUUGGGUUCUGGAUCAAUUACGGCGUGGACGAAACCCUUGCCCCAAGCCACAAACAAUGGAUCAUCCCCUUUGCCGUGCAAUUGAUUCCUGCUGGCCUGCUCAUUAUCGGCGCCCUCUUGAUCCGCGAAUCUCCUCGUUGGCUCUUCCUCCGCGGUAACCGUGAAAAGGGCAUUGAGACCCUGGCCUGGAUCCGCAACCUGCCAGCCGACCAUAUCUAUAUGGUCGAGGAAAUCAACAUGAUCGAGCAGUCGCUCGAACAACAGCGUGUCAAAAUUGGGCUUGGUUUCUGGAAACCCUUUAAAGCAGCCUGGACGAACAAGCGUAUUCUCUACCGCCUCUUUUUGGGGUCUAUGUUGUUCCUCUGGCAGAACGGGUCAGGCAUCAAUGCGAUCAACUAUUACAGCCCGCGCGUCUUCAAGAGUAUUGGCGUAUCGGGUGGCAAUACCUCACUCUUGACAACGGGCAUUUUCGGUGUCGUCAAGGCGGUCAUUACCUUUGUUUGGCUGUUGUAUUUGAUCGAUCAUUUUGGACGACGGAACUUGCUGCUUGUUGGUGCGGCGGGCGGUUCAGUCUGCCUUUGGAUUGUGGGCGGAUACAUCAAGAUCGCGAAGCCAGAGAACAACCCCGAGGGAACGCAGCUUGAUAGCGGUGGCAUUGCGGCUAUAUUCUUCUUCUACCUGUGGACGGCCUUCUAUACACCAUCUUGGAACGGCACGCCUUGGGUCAUCAACUCGGAAAUGUUCGAUCCCACCGUCCGCUCCCUUGCACAAGCCUGUGCUGCCGCCUCAAACUGGCUCUGGAACUUUCUGAUCUCUCGCUUUACGCCCCAGAUGUUCACGUCCAUGGGAUACGGAGUCUACUUCUUCUUUGCAUCGUUGAUGAUCCUCUCGAUCGUGUUUGUUUUCUUCCUCAUUCCCGAGACGAAGGGCGUGCCGCUGGAGAGCAUGGAGACUCUAUUUGACAAGAAACCGGUUUGGCACGCCCAUUCGCAGCUAAUCAGGGAGCUGAGGGAGAAUGAGGAGGCGUUCCGGGCGGAUAUGGGUGCGAGUGGGAAGGGAGGUGUGACGAAGGAGUAUGUCGAGGAGGCUUAA